GGGCGUGAUGCCUCACACCUGUAAGCUCCACACCCAAGAGGAUAACCAUGAAUUUGAGGCUGGCCUGGAUUAGACAGCGUGUCACUCCGCCUCCAAAAAUUAAAAAAAAAAAAAAAAGUCACUUGAAAAUUCAAAGCGCCACAGUACAUGCAGCCUCUAAUAAUGUCACCCCACGUAGCAUCCACCGAAUCUUAGAUUUGAUGUACUGAUGAUGUUUUUCUCCUAUAAACUUUGAAGACUUAGUUAGAUAUUAAGAUUCCAAUGGUUUGUAUAACCUUUGAAACUGUGUAGCGUACCGUGUGUGGGGAAUAGCACACUAUUGUUACAUAAGCCGUAGGGAUCUGCUAAUUCCAUUCCUGGUUCCUAUGCUAUGGCAUUUUCAGAGUACCAGCUGUGUGCCUGGCCCGUGGGUGGAGACUGGGCUUACAGAAAAUACAGAGGUUCUAGCCCUCAAAAGCUCGAUGUCAUACAAGAAAAGGAUGUGGUAUAAAUAACUGCCAGCCUAAAGAGUACUCCAUGCUUCCCUAUCCUCUAAAGAGUUUGGGUCGAGACUGGACCACGCCGUGGGAGGAUCUGCAGAAAUAUUGCUGGCGCAGACACAUUUCCAGUUGUCUGAGGUGGCCAGGACAUUACUCACGGGCACCUUACCCAUACUUCAGUAGCCGGCAUUUCUCAUUGAACUGUAGACCGCCUUUUCUGUUUGAGUCUGGGACUCAGUUUCAGUACUACAAUUGGAGACCUGACCAACUGAGCAAUACAUCCUUGUUCCAUCUCUCUCGUUACGUGAUGAACUCUGACAGAGAUGAGCCCUCAUCUAAACGAAGAAAACACCAAGGAACAAUAAAAAGGAGUUGGGAGUAUUUAUGUAGCCAUAAUAAAGAGAAAACGAAGGACCUAGAAGACAGAAAUGGUGACUCCACAUGUGAGGACUGUGAAGAUAAGUUUGACUUCUCAGUGAUGUCUUACAACAUACUCUCGCAGGAGUUACUGGAGGACAACUCGCACCUCUACAGACAUUGCCGACGCCCAGUGUUACACUGGAGUUUCCGGUUUCCCAAUAUUUUGAAAGAAAUCAAACAUUUUGAUGCUGAUGUGCUUUGUCUACAGGAAGUUCAAGAAGAUCAUUACGGGACAGAGAUCAGGCCAAGUCUGGAAUCACUGGGUUAUCACUGUGAAUAUAAGAUGAAAACAGGAAGGAAACCCGAUGGUUGUGCCAUCUGCUUCAAACAUUCCAAGUUCUCACUCUUAUCUGUGAACCCAGUGGAGUUCUGCCGCCGUGAUAUUCCUCUGUUGGACAGAGACAACAUUGGAUUGGUUUUACUCCUGCAGCCUAAGAUCCCACGUGCUGCCUCUCCAUCCAUCUGCAUAGCUAACACACAUCUGUUGUAUAACCCACGGCGCGGUGAUAUUAAGCUGACCCAGCUGGCAAUGCUGCUAGCAGAGAUUUCCAAUGUGGCCCAUAGGAAAGAUGGCAGCUUCUGUCCCAUUGUCAUGUGUGGUGACUUUAAUUCUGUUCCUGGUUCUCCACUCUACAGUUUCAUAAAGGAAGGAAAAUUAAAUUAUGAAGGUCUUGCGAUUGGAAAGGUAUCUGGCCAGGAACAGUCUUCACGGGGACAAAGAAUUUUAUCUAUUCCAAUUUGGCCCCCAAACCUAGGCAUCUCUCAGAACUGUGUUUAUGAGGCACAGCAGGUUCCCAAAGUAGAAAAGACAGACAGUGAUGUGACUCAAGCACAGCAGGAGAAAGCAGAGGUCCCAGUGCCAGCUGACAAAGUGUCCUCACAUCUGCAGCAUGGCUUCAGCUUGUCCUCUGUCUAUUCCCAUUAUGUUCCUGACACUGGCGUCCCAGAGGUGACCACCUGCCAUUCCCGAAGUGCCAUAACAGUCGACUACAUUUUCUACUCUGCAGAGAAGGAGGACACUGCUCGUGGUCCAGGAGCUGAAGUUGCUUUGGUUGGUGGCUUGAAACUUCUAGCUAGACUGUCACUUCUGACAGAACAAGACUUGUGGACUGUGAAUGGCCUUCCCAAUGAGCACAACUCCUCAGACCACCUGCCUUUGCUGGCCAAGUUCAGGCUUGAGCUCUGACCAUUGCUCAUUCACAGAACUUCCUGUCUGUAUUCUUUUCAAAGGCUGUGAAAAUUUUAAAUGUUUGCAUGCUGUUCAUUUUUGUGAUUGGGGUUCUGGAUUUCUGUUGUGUGCUUGAAACAGAUUGGAAGAAAGAAAUUUACAACUUUUUUUAAUGAAAUAUUUUCCUGAUAACUGAUGUCUAAAGAACAUUAUUGUAAAUGACUUCUAAGUUCUGGUGAAGUUGACAGCAUUUUAAAAAUGUAGUUCACCUCCCUGGCCCUCAAGAUAGAAAGUCAGUGCUUUUUUGUACGUCAGGUGGUCCUACCAGGACCUGCAAUACUCAGCUUGCUGCCUUUUCUGGAGACUGAAUUUCAUUAGGAGAUGCCUGUGCUUGUUCUUAGAAAUCACUGGGUCAUUCCUCCACAGGGGUCCACGCUUCUGAGGAGGCUUGACUAUGUGAUGUUGUAGAGAAUACUUGACCCACAUCACUGCCACCUUAAGCUGUGGAAUGUACCUACAUUUUGUAAUGGAAAUAGUUGAGAAGUGUAGGUCAUUCCCAUAAGAGCAAGGCUCCUAGGGAGAUAUGGUGGUGCAUACCUAUAAUCUUAUUAGCAUUUGGAAGGUGGCAGCAAGAGGGUUAGCUGUCUAAAGCCAGCUUUAGCAACAUAGCAAGUUCAAGGCCAGCCUGGGCUACAUGAAAACCUGUCAUGAAACAAACAAAAAAAGCCAAAGUCCUUUAUGUCUGCUCCUGUCCUGGAUAAAGAUUGCCCCAAGGAAAGCAGAUGGGCCAGGUGUAUCCAUGAACAUCCUUAAUCCUAGCAUCUGGCAGAGGCAGGAGGAUCACUGUGUGUCCCAGGCUGACCAGAGCUAUACACAAGGCCCCACGUCUCAAAGAUUGACAAAAGGCAGCAGAGCCCAGGUUGUACCUCCGUCUCCUGCACUUCCUUUCUGUUGAAUGAUGGUCAGGAGCGACAUUUGCUGAGCCAAUUCUGUAUGAAUUUAUCAAAGCUGGUCUGGAAGGAAGGGGAGCUCCACAGUGGCGUAUCCUCCUUUACCAGCAGGAGUCAGCGUGGGAGGUGCUGCUUAGGCCCGGCAGCCUUCCUUCCAGGACCAUGGUGCCACAGUGCGCCGUGGCGCUUUCGCUGUCUAUGCAGCAUUACAGCAGCCUGGCCAGCCAGUAGCUCGCCCUGUGCAACGAAUAGUAGAAUUCUAAAUGUAAGUAGAAAUUUCUCUACUUUUAAAAUAGUAGACUCAGAUUACAGGCAUUCUUACUAAGUCAUUACUGUGCAGUGAUAGAUGUUUUUUACAGUGAGUUUUACUACUAAUAGGAUGUUUUAAAUUAGAUAGUAAAUUUUUGUAAUUUAAAAUUUUAACUCCUUUAUUCUAGCUAUUAUGUCUACUAGACUAUUGCCUCAGAGGUACAGGCUGAAGUGCCCAGUGAACACUGAGCAAGCCAGCAGGCUCACUCUGGUUUUCAUGUAGAGUAUUAAUGUAGUGCUGAGGUGGCCCACAGUUUUCAGUAGUACUUUGUGGGGUCCUGGUUAGAGACACAAUCACUAUCAAAUUACAGUAGUAAUUGCCCCUUUUUAAUAUGGAGAUUGUGUUGAAUUUGUGUAGACAUAAUUGUAGGCAAACUAACAUUCAUUAAAACCUUUGUAAGGGGCUGGAGAGAUGGCUCAGAGGUUAAGAGCACCGACUGCUCUUCCAGAGGUCCUGAAUUCAAUUCCCAGCAAUCACAUGGUGGCUCACAACCAUCUGUAAUGGAAUCUGAUGCCCUCUUCUGGUGUGUCUGAAGACACCAUACUCACAUAAAAUAAAAAAAAAAAAAAAAAAGAAAAAAAACCUUUGUAAAGUUUUUAUAUCUUGAUGAAUAUAAUGUAAAUUUAAGCCUAUUUCCUGUACAGCACCUUGAUUUAGUUCAUUCAUAAAUUGCUGUUAGCUUAUUGUUAAUUUGUGGCCACACAAUACUUCUCACAAGCUUUUAAAACUCCAAUAAAAAUUAUCUAUUUUUCUACUGUUGUGGACAGAGAGCAGCACCUACUGAGCAAAGUUGGAUCUGACUCCAGGAGUCAGAUCCCUCACAGGCCAAGGCGUGUAGUAUCCCUAUGCCUGGUGUGUGUUUGCUUGCACGUGUGUCUAGAAGCCAUCGGCGAGCCCUUUGAAGCCAUCCACCUUUUAUUUUUAAGACAGGUCCUCUCGCUGGCCUGGAACAUCCAAAGUAGGAUAGAUAAGCUGACAGGCCAACCAGGCUCCGAGAUCCUGCCUGCCUCCUCGUGAGACAUGCUGUGGAUACUUGGCUUUUCACGUGGGUCCUGGGAUCACACUCAGGCCCUCUGGCUGAGCCAUCUCCCCAGCCUCAUGCUGGCCGGGUUGUAAAUGCAAAGGGUGAGUGUGAUGAUGUCUACUGCGCCUUUGCCAUCGAGAAAAUAGACACUCAAAUCCUGUCUUCAGGAUUGAGCAUCUGUUAGUUUUUAAUCUUUUGUUAAAAAAAAGUUGUAAGUCGUAGAGUCCUUUGUAUCUGUAAGCUGUAAUAAAUUAUUAUAUUUGCACAUUU